AGAGCUGUUCAUUUUCUACAACAGCAGUGGUUGUGUCAUGGGUUGUCAAGCCACAUAAAGUCCCACUAAAGUGACUAUUGUGACUCGUGUUGUGUAUUCAAAGAUUGCUAGAGCAGCACGGCAGCUUUAUGAGAGGAAAUGUGAACAUCUGGCUUUACGUCGCAGCUUUCGUCUCUGCUUCUGCACGUUCAGACUCGCACAUCUGUUCAACAUAAGGAUAACGUUAAACCUGCAAACGUUGGCGCAAAACCUGCAAACGCGUUGGAUCGAGUCUGGGAUAAAAACUGGUUUCAUCAUAAUGGUACGAGUGUGCGCUUUUCCUGGAUGCUUCAACCGAGAGAAAGCGUUACGUCUGCGGCCGCAGGGAUCGGCGCAAGAUGAAAGUUUGACGUUUCACACGUUACCGAUGCAAGAUCCAGAGAGACUGAAACUGUGGCUUCUCGCUCUACACCGGGAUAUAAACUCACCCGUUGAAUCCAUCCGUGCAUUGAGGGUGUGCAGCGAGCAUUUUUCGCCCGAAGAUUUCCCCGGUCCAAAUCGACGAUAUCUGAAAUCAACAGCAGUGCCUGUCCAGUUAGUUGUACCGACUGAGGCUAGACAUGCGGGAGCUGAGCUGCAGAUGGAAGGACGGUAUGAUGUCAACAUGGAUUCUGACUUUCAGAAUGAUUUUAAUUUUGUUACUGGGAGUCCAGGUGCUGCUCUGAAACUAGAAGGAGGGAUGUCGGCUUCCUCACAAUCUACAGAGGCCUUUUCACCACUGAGCUGUACAUCCGCUGCAGGUUUUCCUCUGGACAGUGAGGACUCCACUGAGGCAGGAACGAAGUCUGACCCUCAAGACCGCGUGAUGGAGGGUCAUCGUGGGAAGCUUCAGAAGGCCAUGAAGCAGGAAGAUGUAGAUUUGCGUCUACAUGAUAAACGCAUGGAGGAGACAAGUGAACCAAGAAACGAUAAGCAAACGGAUGAAGAAGACGAAGACCGGGAGAUGAACACAGAGGAUACAGCGCAGUGUUCAGAAGAGCUAGUGAUCACUAAAGUCGAGGACUUCACAAGUGAAAUGCCAAUUGAUGUAGACUACAUCGGGGAUCACAGUGGAAGGAUGGAGGUUGAUAAACCAGAAUAUGCAGAAACAGCAAAACACGACAAAAACAGGAUGGAGUCAUUUGGAAUGCAAACAGAGCCUGUGGUGAGACUCAGGAAGCUUCAUUUGCUCCAGCCCUCUGUCGAUCUGUCUGUGAAGAUCAAGGAGGAACCAAUAGACGAGGAGUGUAGAAAAUCUCCUCAGGCUCCAAUGAGAAACAUGAGGGAACGUGAGGAUUUUACCCAGACACCUGAUGAGAUCAUGAUCCGUCCGGCUUUCCCCGUGGGAGGGAAUGCCAUUGGAGCUCCAGUGACAAGGGCCGCAAAAGCACCAUCAGUCCCUGCAGUGUCCAUUCCCAAACAACCCUCUUUCAGUUCCAUUGUUACGGUGUGUGCCGGCUGUAAAAGGAUCAUACUGAAGGGUAAAACAGCCUUUCAGCGCAGUGGCUCUCCUAAAUUCUACUGCUCACCUCAGUGUCUCUGCAUCACCUCUGCCAUUGAGGUCAAAAAGAAAACAUGUCACCACUGCCUCAAAGAGGUCUCUCACCCAAAGGAUGUGCUUUUAGCCUCAGUGGACACGUCAGGAACUACAAAGGAGUUCUGCAGUCAGAAAUGCAUUAGUGCUUUUAACUUCAGGUGCAGCGUGUGUCAGAGGACAAGUGUGACUCAUGGUCACGAGGUGAAGUCCAUGGGCACCGUUCAUAAGCUGUGCAGCGACGUUUGUUUCAACCAGUUCCUCUCUUCCAAUAAGUUGACCAUGAACUGUUGUAUGAACUGUGGUGGGUCCUGUAAAAGCACAAACGGUCCGUGUCCCGCUCUACAGAUAGAGGGCAACACUGUCAAGUUCUGCACCCAAAAGUGCCUCAAAGUCUACAAAAAGAGGAGUCUCAAAACUGCCACCUGCAAAAUGUGUCACACCAAGCGCCCUUCUGCAGAAAUGGUGGUCAGUCAGAAUUCAGAGGGUGGAGAAGAGCUUUUCUGCACUGACUCUUGUGCCACGACUUAUACAGCCCAGACUCUCAGUUCCUCAGGUACUGCUGUGGAAUGCAAAAACUGCAAGAAGAAACAAGUACCACAGUAUCAUCUAACAAUGUCUGAAGGAACCGUUCAAAACUUCUGCUCCUUUACCUGUGUAGUGUCUUAUGAGGCGGUAAUAAACAAAAAGAAAGCUCCAAAGAAAAUAACCACUACAAGCAACAUUGUUUCUGCCCUAAAACCUGCUGCCCCAAGACCUGCUCCUGCAGAGACCAGUUCAUCAGUAAAGAAUGCCUCCUCCAGUAGACCGGAAAAAACGGUCACCAGACUCCCUUGUGCUCAAUGUCUGCAGUCAUUCUCGCACAAGCCAAAGCUACUGGAGUUUAAGAAAAAAAUGUAUGUUUUCUGUGAUGACUCUUGUGUUGGGGACUUUGGAAAAACAAAAAAAGUCACAGCUCUCUGCGAACACUGCAAGAUCGAUCAAGUUGUGAAAAGUGUGAAAAUGAUAAACAAGGUUGACCGGACUUUCUGUGGGCAGAAAUGUAAGUUACUCUUUGAGGAUAACCUGGCCAACGAGUGGGGCGAGAAGUACUGUCGUGACUGCUUUUACUGUGAUGCUGGAUCUAAGACUCGAGUGACUGGGUUUUUCAAUGACAAGCAGGAGGAGUUUUGUGAAACUCGGUGCUUGUCAAAAUAUACUUCACUGAUCCAUCAGGGGAUCAAAUGCACAAUGUGCAAGCAGAGCAGGAAGAUGAAUGAAACUGUGAAAUGGUUGGAUGAGAUGAAGCAUUUCUGCAACCUGCGGUGCCUGAUGUUCUUCUGCAGUCUGCAGGCCGUCACAGGGGCGGUCACUAAAGCUGCAAACAAAUCUCUAUCAAAACGGGGUGCAACGUCAGUAUCCUCUACAGUCCAUCAAAGCCCACAAGAGACCAAACCCAUCAUCGCCAAUGUUAGAUCGUUCUCAAGUGAAGCCAAUGGACAGUCUGAUGUUCUGGAAAGCACAGAUCUGGAUGGCUCUGUUCCAUCCAUUACUGUAGAAGUUCGAGAGGAGGAAAGUUUUCCAGAACAAACGGUCAGGACACAGAAAUGCACUGUGAGGACUUGCGCCCCGCCACAUCGAAACCAAAAGAGAAAGGCCUUACCAAAUAAUACCAAGCACAAAACCAUAGCCUGCAAACCUAACACCCGUAAUGCUGAGACGCAAAGUGAUGAAAUUCCUAAAGUUAUAGUGUUGCCUGUGCCUGUGCCUGUGUUCGUGCCAGUUCCUAUGAAUCUCUACACACAGUAUGUUCCUCAUACUGUUGGGUUACCAUUACCGAUUCCAGUGCCCAUGUUCCUCCCUACAACUCUGGACAGUGCUGAACGCAUUGUGAAGACCAUCCAAGAAAUCAAAGAGAAGAUCCCUGAUGAUCCUCUGGAGGCUGAUCUCAUCAUGAUGGCGGAGAUGGUGGCUGAGGACGCAGAGAGGGAGAAACUCAUGGAAGCUUGUGGUCAGAAAGGUAACUUAAUGGAGGUUGAUUCGGAAGAUGUGUCCAGCAAUCUAAGUUGGGAGGAGGAUUCUGUCUAUUCUGCUCAGACAUUGGAUCAGACUCCAGAGCUGGAGAAACAGUCGAAAUCUGUUCCAGAACUAGAGAAAGCCCUGUCUAAAUCUUUUUCAGAGCUGGAGAGAGAACCAUGUAAAUCUGUUCCAGAGCUGGAGAGAGAACCAUGUAAAUCUGUUCCAGAGCUGGAGAGAGAACCAUGUAAAUCUGUUCCAGAGCUGGAGACAGAACCAUGUAAAUCUGUUCCAGAGCUGGAGAGAGAACCAUGUAAAUCUGUUACAGAGCUGGAGAGAGAACCAUGUAAAUCUGUUCCAGAGCUGGAAAGAGAACCACGUAAAUCUGUUCCAGAGCUGGAGAGAGAACCAUGUAAAUCUGUUCCAGAGCUGGAGAGAGAACCAUGUAAAUCUGUUCCAGAGCUGAAGAGAGAACCACGUAAAUCUGUUCCAGAGCUGGAAAGAGAACCACGUAAAUCUGUUCCAGAGCUGGAGAGAGAACCAUGUAAAUCUGUUCCAGAGCUGGAGAGAGAACCAUGUAAAUAUGUUCCAGAGCUGGAGAGAGAACCACGUAAAUCUGUUCCAGAGCUGGAAAGAGAACCACGUAAAUCUGUUCCAGAGCUGGAGAGAGAACCAUGUAAAUAUGUUCCAGAGCUGGAAAGAGAACCCUGUAAAUCUGUUCCAGAGCUGGAGAAAGCACAGUCUAAAUCUGUUCCAUCCAUCAAUCCAUCUACAUUGACCCCCACCCCUAUCCCAACAGAAGAGCCACAGAUUGACCGGCAAGCUGAUUUUCCAGUCGAGAGCACUGAACUUGUAAAAGAGCAAAAACAAGACAAAAAGGAGCUGAAGGUAUCAAAUGUCAAACCCAAGCCUCGCAGAAAAGACAGUGAUAGUGUUCUUCAAAAGAAACGGGGCAGUAAGAGUGCAGCGUCAGCCACAUCAGAUGGCCCAGGUGACCUCUCCAAAAUGCAACAUGAGUCUGGCGUCAGUGCUUGGAAGAAUUGGGUGCGCUGGAGGAACUCCCAACCUCAUGUGGAGACUCCCAAAUUUGCCGCGCGAAGCAUGACGCUCAAGGAGGACUUGUUGAAGUGUAGCACUGCUGAGUUGAGCUACGGCCUCUCCAAGUUCAUCUCUGAAGUGUGUCGACCCAGUGGAGAGAAUUACAGCCCUGAUAGCAUCUUUUAUCUCUGCUUAGGCAUCCAACAGCAUCUGUUUAAGAAUAAUCGGAUGGAGAAUAUAUUCACAGACGUCUGCUACAGCAGAUUCUGCCAGGAUAUGACCAACAUGCUCAAAGGAUGGACACCCACUAUUUUGUCCAGUGGUUAUGUUCAUUCUCAAGUAGAGGAGAAAUACAUGUGGGACUGUAAGCAGUUGGGGGCGUUCUCACCUGGCGUGCUGCUGAACACGCUGCUUUAUUUCUUCACAAAGUUCUUCGAUUAUAAAACAGUGGAGCAGCAUCGACGCCUCUACUUCGGCCACUUCAAGCGCUACUGUAGGGGCCAGGGUAACAGCAAAGUGGUCUAUUUGCACUUUUAUCCCCAUAAAGAGGACACAAGCACAGAUGGUGUUCCAGCGAAAAAGAGGAAGAAAGAAGAUGAAAGGGGAAAGCCGCUAAAGAUAAAGGAGAAUAUAGCGAAUCCCUUUCGCUGUCCUGUUCGACUUUUUGAGUUCUAUCUCUCGAAAUGUUCUCCCAGCGUGAAACAUAGUACGUCCCAGUUUUAUUUGAAUCCGGAACGCUCCUGUGUGCCGAGCAGCCCCACAUGGUUCUCAACGUCCUCGUUGAGCGAUGAGGCUCUGGAAAACAUGCUCGUACGCAUCCUAACUGUAAGAGAGCUGUAUAUGCAUGAAGACAAAUCGCCUCAUGAAGCAGAAUCUGAAAGUGACUCGGAUUGAGAAACGGACCUUAAAAACACAAACAUGACUGUUAAGCAAUGGAUUUUUCCUGGAUGUUUCAGUUUUAACACAAGUUGUUAGAGCUUGUUUGUUUGUUUUAUGUAUUGUUCGCUGUUGUGUUUAAUGUUCUCGUAUUUGACUGUACAUACUUUAAUUGUUUUUAUAUGUAUGUAUGUAUUUAUACAUUUGAAAAAUGUUUAAAGAGUACAUAACUAGGGAUUUUUAAGGUCCUAUUUUUGUUUAUGGAGUGUCCAACAACAAGUUUAUGUACAGAGAAGGUGUAAAAACACUAUUGUUUCGUAAUAAUAGGCAGUUCUUACCUUACUUUUUGACUAACUCAUCUGUCAAAUCCCCUCCUUUCUGCUAGUCUAGUCUGAUGUGAUUGGUCAGAUGGUCUAGUCUGCUGUGAUUGGUCUACCGCGAAUGAGGCUUAUGAGCUACAGUGUUGGGGGGAGAAGAGUGAAGUUUUUGCGGGCAGUCCUAGCAAAACGUAGGCAGGGACUAUAUGUAGUGACGUAAAUCCGCGGAGGUUCACGACUCAGACUAGAGACCACUUGUUUGUGUGAUUCAGAGUCGUCUCCCUUUUUUCAAAGCCAAUAACUUUUAUUCAUUCACCUUCGGAUUUACAACUUGUCAGACUGCUUAUUUUCAAACACGGCAACAUUACACACUGCAUGAAAUGUAAAUUUCAUGAUCUCAUGUUAUGUACUCUUUAAGAAAAAGUUUUCAAAAGGUGCAUACGAGAGAUAUGAGCACAAUGUUAGAUUGUGCAGUACCUCAUUUUGCUGUAUUUGUAUUACAUCGAAACACUACCUUGAAAGACAUUAGCAAGCUCAAUGUAUAAACACAUUCACUGAUAGUGAGGGGAGGGUCCAUUUUGAUAUUUAAGUGUAAUUUUUUGGAAGCAAUGCUAGACCUGUUGCAAUGUCUCUAAUAUUUCUAAAACGAUCAACUGUGGUUAACGCUACAUUUCUUUUUCAAAUAAGACCAAACACAAAACUAUGAUUGUAUUGAUAUUCUUUCUUUAAGUUAUAAUUGAUUUUAAGUUAACCUUUUUAUAUGAGCUGAGCACAACAAAUUAAAUCUAUUGUUGAGGUGAUGUUGUUUGAUUAUAACACCCUGGUGGUGGUUUUAGAAUACGAGUAUUCUAAAAUCGUUAUUUAUCUGUCCAUGUUUUUCACUCUGUCUAAUAUAACAAUAUCAUUUCUUAAAUGGUGAGGGUAUAAUAAAAUAUGUUUCAUAGUUACUGUUUAGAGAAGGUCAAGUUGACCAAAUAUCAAAUGUGGAAAUCUGAAACGAACACCAACAUCCUGUCAGGAACUUUCCAAACAAUCCGGAAGCUCACGUAAACACUUAUUUUACUAUAUAAAUACAUAGAAUAAAAAGCAAAAAUUGUAUAAAUAUAUAUAUAUAACAUUUAUAUACAUUGUGUAUAUAUAUAUAUUAUCCCCAAGGAGAGGACAUUCUUUUCUGAGCUUGUGAAGCCCUUGAAAUUUGUGGGUGAAUAAAAUAAAUAUUAAUGUCUUGA